CUCCUUUAAGCUCAACCAUUAAGCAUUGAAAACUUAGAGAGAGUGAGUGAGUAAGACAGAGACUCAGCAACCACGCUACCUUCUUCUCUUCUCUUCUCUUCUCUUCUCUUCUUCACUGCCAUUUCAUUUCCCCACUCUAUCCUUCCCUCCAUGAGCACCAUGGAUUCCUCUUCCAUCUAUGGUGUCUCACACAGACACUUCCUCACCCUCUUCCUUCUUUUCCUUCUGCCACUCCAUUCUCACUCUGCAUUCUCUCAUAACUCUUCUUCCUCGUCUCAAAUUAACUCUAAUUCCAUCCUUGUCGCGCUUCUCGAUUCCCAUUACACCGAACUCGCUGAGCUUGUUGAGAAAGCGCUUCUUCUCCAGAAGCUAGAAGAAGCCGUCGGCAACCACAACAUCACCAUCUUCGCGCCGCGAAACCAAGCCCUGGAACGCGACCUAGACCCUGAAUUUAAGCGAUUCCUUCUCGAGCCUCGCAAUCUUAGGUCGCUUCAGACGCUCUUGAUGUCUCACAUUCUCCCGACGCGAAUCGCCUCUCACCACUGGCCCUCCGACGACCUCCGCCACCGCACUCUCUCCGAUCACCGCCUGCAUUUGGCCUCCAAGCCCUCCGGCCAUAGAACCGUCGACUCCGCCGAGAUCCUCCGCGCCGACGACGUCCUCCGCCCCGACGGCGUCAUCCACGGCAUCGAGCGUCUCAUCGUCCCCCGAUCCGUACAGGAGGACUUCAACCGCCGCCGCAACCUCGCCGCCAUCUCCGCCGUCCUUCCCGAGGGAGCGCCGGAGGUCGAUCCCCGUACUCACCGCCUCAAGAAGCCCGCUCCCGUUCCCGCCGGCGCGCCUCCGGUCCUCCCAAUCUACGACGCCAUGGCACCAGGCCCAUCCCUCGCGCCGGCGCCGGCGCCGGGACCGGGAGGCCCGAAGCACCACUUCAACGGCGAGCGCCAGGUCAAGGACUUCAUCCACACACUCUUACAUUACGGAGGUUACAACGAAAUGGCUGAUAUUCUCGUAAACCUAACGUCUCUGGCCACCGAAAUGGGAAGGCUAGUUUCAGAAGGUUACGUUCUCACCGUUUUGGCUCCAAACGACGAAGCCAUGGCGAAGUUAACGACGGAUCAGUUGAGCGAACCUGGCGCACCGGAACAGAUAAUGUAUUAUCACAUUAUUCCUGAGUAUCAAACCGAAGAGAGUAUGUACAAUACGGUUAGAAGGUUCGGUAAGGUUAGCUACGAUACACUGCGGUUACCGCACAAGGUUCUGGCUCAAGAGUCUGACGGCUCCGUUAAAUUCGGUCACGGCGAUUCCUCCGCCUACCUGUUUGAUCCUGAUAUUUACACUGAUGGUAGGAUCUCCGUUCAGGGAAUUGACGGCGUUCUUAUCCCUCCUGAAGAAGAAGAAGAACGCACUCGCCGCACCACUCCACUUGUUAAGGUUGCUGCUCCUAAACCAAGAAGAGGGAAGUUGAUGGAAAUCGCUUGUAGCAUGUUUGGAUCUUUUGGACAAGUCUGCCAAUGAAAUCGCAUUCUCAACUAAUCACAAAAAUAAUAAAGAGUGAAUGUAUGUAAACUCGAAGAAUGUUGUAGAGUAGUCAUUUCAAUACAAAGGAUGGAUGCAUGGUGAAUCUAUAAACGGAGAGCGAGCGAUUACACGGAAGAUAACAAAAACAAAUUUUCUGUCAUUUUGCUUCAUACUGUAAUUACAUACCAUUUUUUUAUUAAAUUUUAUUUUAUGUUGAUUCUCCGUCUUUGUGCGUAAAUAACCGACACCCCUUCUUGGUUGCCUUUUUUUUUUUUUCUCUUCUUUCUCUCAUGCUUAUAUGUAAGUGAAUCAAGUCAUACAUAAUCUACUUUGUUAUUAUUAUUAUUAUGCC